AUGAUCUCGACCAGUCUGGCGCAGUUCCGGUUGAACACGAUCCGGAAGUGGCACUUCGGAACAAACUGGACAACCUACUAUGACUACCCGAGUUUUGCCCGAUCUGAUUUGGCUCAACAGAUCUGGGCCGAUGAGGACGCCAGACGGGACCCCGACAUGCUUCACCGACAGGUCGGGGUCGUGGAACAUCUCCUCGCCGAGUUCUUCGAGGGCAAGGCCUCGCUCCUCUUUCCGCCCCGGCAAUGCAGAGGACAGGGGUCGCACCGAUCAAGCCACCGCGAGUGGGCAACGGUGGUUGAAACCCCGACGACGACCGUCGUCGAGGUCGAAGAGACCACGCCGAUGGUCACACCGCCGCCGACAAACCCCCGAGUUCCAGAGGAUGAAGACCUUUGGAAUGCGGUCGACGACGAGGCCAUGCCCAAGGCGCCGAUUAUGCUCAACCUCGACCCUACGGGUUGCAGUUUCUCCUCGAGUAAUGAUGGCCCCGCAUGCUGCUGCUUCGACUACAUCGUCGAUACCCCCGACGAUCAGUUCUCGGCCGUCACCGAUGCCUACAACGACAAUCCCGGCCCCUGCCGGCGCCGUACGACAUCGACGGCUUCCGGUUGGCAUGGCCCUCCGAUAACAUCGCGAACAAAGGCCCGACUGCUCUGGCAGAAGUACGGCGAGAACCGCGUCUGCGGCAUUGCCACACUGCGGCUUCGUCACUACACGCCGAUUAGAUGGCUAUCCUGUGAUGUCGAUGGGGCUCACCACUCAUAG